UUCUUGAAUAGAUGAUUGUCAGGUUGUAUUAUUGGUUUUCAUGGAUGACUCUCUGGGUUGUAUUUGUAGUUUUAUGGACAAACCAAUCUUGGAUGACGUAGUGAAAUGACUGGUUUGCCAUACUGUAAUCACACCUAGUUGACAGUAUUCUAAUCAGUACAAAUUAUAGUUGAGCCAGCUGACCAUUUCAUCUGUUUGCAUGAACUUGAAUCAAAAGGUUUUGAGAUUUUCCAUAUCUGGUGGGUGUUGGAUUGAUGAAAUCAACUGAAUGAGCCACAUGCCCAAAUGGGUAACCUCUGAAAUAUUGUAAUUUUAUAUUAUCUACAUGUUGUAAGGUGAUCUUUCUAUGAACUGGAAGCGGACCUUUGGUUCUUUGGCAGACUAAUUGAGCUGGCGAUUGCUUCUUUGGGCUAUAACCAUGUCUGCUUAUGGCCACCAUAUGGAGCGAGAGUACUCCGCCCAGAGUCUUUCGAGUCGUGAAGUUUCUGAGAGGACAAGUAGUUAUGCAAUGGAGUCGGGGUUCUACAUGUCGUCCUUUGCUACAACAAUCUUCAUUGCUUCACUCGUCACAGUCGGGUUAUUAUUCAUCACUUUGCUGAUUGCACUGACGGUAAUGCUGCAGUCUUGUGAAAGCAAGAGCCAUGGAAUCGUUGAGGUUCAGAAACCAAGUUAUGAUUCAAAUUACUGCCAUAUCUUCUCUCUGCAUAUGGAACUCAACAACUUUGAGGCAGAUCAGUUCCCUUCAGUAUGCAGGGUUGUUGCUUCUCAGUACAUCAAACAAGGUCAAUAUGCAACAGAUUUAAAUUCUACCAUGGGGAUAGUUGAGGACUAUUUUGGUAGUAUUACCCCGCAACACGAUGGUCUGGAUGUUGUGUUGAUGGAUGUAGAUGACAUUCUUUCUUUAAACCCCCAGAAUAGUAAUGUUUCAGUGCACCGAUAUGAUCACUAUGGUUGUAGUGAUUGUAUGGAGGAGGCAAAGCAUCUGAAGCACAUGCUUAUUCUGAGACUAUACAUGAAACUUCAUUCUAGUGGUUGGCCUUUGAUUUUGUUAUCAAGAAAGCCAGAGACACAUAGGAAUACCUCCGUAGAGUAUCUUGUAUCUGCCGGAUACACAGCUUGGUCUUCAUUGAUUAUGAGCAGAUCAGAAGCUGAACUGCAUAUGGAUAGCAGUGACUACUUCUCUAAACGAAGGGCUGCAAUGCAGAGAGAAGGAUUUCGCAUAAUCGGCAUAAUAAGCAGUCACAUGGAUGCUCUAAGAGGACCAUUUUUAGGAAGGCGUAUUUUUAAGCUUCCGAACCCAAUAUAUUACAAUUUUGAAUAUCAAAUUGAAGACACACAUACACCAAAAUAGAUCACUUUCCAACUUCAUGUUGUUGCUUGAUACACAUUGCUUUCCAUUGUGAAGCAGCCAUGUAAAUACAGUUGUUCUGCUCCGGAGUAUUUGUUGUCAAGAAAUGUCAAAUACAAGUAUUGUUACAAUUAUUGUAAACAUUGUUCAUGAAUUGCAUAAAUUUUGCCAAAUAAUAGUAUAUGGUUUCUUUUUA